AUGGCCGAAGCCGCGCGCAAUGUUGCCGAGGGUACCGACCGGGUGAAGAAAGGGCUGCCGGCCAUGCUCAAGGGUGGCGUCAUCAUGGAUGUCAUGAACAAGGAGCAGGCCAAAAUCGCGGAGGAGGCCGGCGCCUGCGCCGUGAUGGCCCUGGAGAGAAUCCCGGCGGACAUUCGGCAGAGCAAGGGGGUGUCCCGCAUGUCAGACCCGAAGAUGAUCAAGGAGAUCGUUAACUCCGUGUCCAUCCCCGUGAUGGCCAAGUGCCGGAUUGGCCACUUUGUGGAGUCACAGGUCCUGCAGCAGAUUGGUGUGGACUGCAUUGAUGAGAGCGAGGUCCUGACCGUCGCGGAUGAGGGCAACCAUGUCAAUAAGACCAAGUUCAAGGUGCCCUUCGUGUGCGGCUGCCGCAACCUUGGCGAGGCUUUGCGCCGUGUGGCCGAGGGCGCCAGCAUGAUCCGCACGAAGGGCGAGGCCGGAACUGGCGAUGUCGUGGAGGCCGUGAGGCACAUCCGGACGCUGCAUAAAGAGAUGCGCAUGGUGCAGAUGAUGGACGAGGAUGAGCUCUUUACCUACGCGAAGGAGAUUGGCGCCCCCAUCGAUCUUGUGCAGCACGUCAAGAAGACAGGCAAGCUCCCGGUGGUGAACUUCGCUGCUGGAGGUGUGGCCACACCAGCCGACGCCGCCCUGUGCAUGCAGCUGGGCGUGGAUGGCGUCUUCGUAGGCAGCGGCAUCUUCAAGUCGGAGGACCCUGCCAAGCGUGCCCGCGCGAUUGUGAAGGCGGUGACCCACUUCAACGACCCUCAGGUCAUCGCAGAGGUGUCCGAGGACAUUGGCGAGGCGAUGACAGGCAUCAACUGCGACGGCCUGGCCACCCGUUUCGCCGACCGGGAGGGCGGCAACAUGCCCGCCGCAAAGAAGGCCCGCAUGGAGUCCUACGGAGACCACAAGGGGCUUGCAGGUACCGCCUUCUGA